GCCAAUUGACACAGCUGUCAGGCAAUAAUAGUAUAUCAACCAUAUAUGGCAUCUAGUCUUACUAAAACAAAUUAACAACAAAAGUCAAAACGCAGAUAAAAUCCCACACAAUAAGUUAUUCUUAUACAAAAUGCCCCAAUCGCAAUCCAAGUCCUCAAAUCACUUGCUAGGUAUGGAGGAGGAGCAGCAGAACGGCCUGGACCAGUGGCUAAAGGAGCAGCGCAUUAUCCUGGAUAUGAAAACUCGCCGUUCAUUCUCGGAUGUUUUGCCAGUGGCCAAGAUUGUCAAGCGUUGUCAUCCUCGCCUGGUGGAUCUGCACAAUUAUACGCCCAAAAACAGCGUGGUGCUGAAACUCCAGAGCUGGGAGACCUUUAGCAACAAGGUUCUAAAGAAGUUGGGCAUCAAUGUGCCACGUUCGUUGCUGGAGCAACUGGCGUCAGCAGCACCAGGAGCCAUAGAAACGCUGUUCCAGGAACUGAUGGCGGUGACCAAGUGCGGUAGUCCCAGGCCAAGACCCAUGUUGAAUGCAUCACCAACGCGUUCCCAGAGGAGCGAGGUGGUCAAAAAAUUGGCUAAUAAGGAUUCUGUGAAACGCACGCUCAACCGAUCCCUCACCCAAGUGAUCGAGCGCUCUGCCUCCAAUGAUAGACGACCCAAGGUGCUGACCAUGGACAUGAAGGUCGUGGUCGAUGGCCAGGUCAAGAAGGUUGCCAAGAAAGUAGUGGAAUACGAACACUACGCCAAGGCCUUACGGGAGAGUGCCGAGAAGUCGUCCUACAUCAACUCCAUCACCCAGAAAGCUGACUACCUGCAGAGCAUGAUUGCCGCCAAGAAUGAGCGCAUAGAUGAGCUAAUGCUCCAAAUGGGCAAACUGUCGGUUAGCAUUCUUUCCAUGCGACCCACGCUCAACGAAACCGAGGGCGAAACUGGAAGUUGUAUGGACCUCCAAUCCCAUUCGAAUAACCCCUCUGAACCCUGCUGUGAAUUCACUACCUAGUAGUCUAUGGAUGGAUAUGUCAAAUCCCGGAGGAUCCGUCGAGAUCCUAGCUCAUUUUGUAAUCUCAAAUCUCAGGCCCUAGGUUUUGAUUCAAGAACUUUUGCACCAGCACAAAAAAAGGAAACCUCAUGUUAUUGGAUAAAUCUGUACUAUAUAUUUUGUAUUUUAUUUUACACCCUUAAGACAUUUUUUUGGCUACACUCCAAUAAACAAAAAUUGUUAC